AUCAUUUCCCAUUUCGUCUCCCUCCCCUUCCUGGCUGUCGGAUGCAGGGACCUCCUCAUUUGAGCUGCAGGUUUUUACGUGGGCGAAUCACAAAGUGUUGGAAUCUAUUGCCUUUGUCUGACAAGUCAUCCAUCUCUAUGCAAGGGGAUCUGUGGGAUGGAGGUAGGAGGGGGUGAUCUGUGGGACUGCAGCUUUUAGAAACAGACACACAAGGAGAGGGGUUUCAUUCUCAGCCCAAAGCUUCGCUCAGGCACAGCCCAUUCUGGAUGAGAGGGGGACGCACUGCUCUAUACUUCGCCGUGUCCAUGUUGUUGUCAUCUCCGCCCCUAUCUGAUUGAACCACAGAGCCCAGCGGUCCACCACGCCGGCAGAGGAGAGGGAUUUUUUUCGGCCGCAGAUUUCCAGUGCGGAGCAGUGGAGACUCAACGUUUGUUUUCCUUCAUGAUGUCCUUUAAACACAAACAGUGACCCGCUUUGAGCCAAUGUUGCCGCGACUGGUGCGCUCUGCACACGCGUGGGUCAUGCGCUGCACCUGACAGCCCCUUCUGCAGACUUCAGAGUUUAGACUUUUAACAGGAGGAAAACUUAGCAUCGCCCCCAGAAGUUGUAGACCCCGCUACAGCCCGUGGACUCUUCCCCACACGGACUGUUUCACACCAACACACACAUCCUUGUUGUUGUUGGUUUUUUUUUACUCUUUUAGAGCUGCACCACCGAGGCGAUAUCACGGCGACCUCAGUCGAUUACCUUUCUUUCCUUUGCUAUCCCAUGGAUAUACACUGCAAAGCAGACCCCUUCUCGGCGAUGCACCUAUCCCACUCAGGGCACGGCGGUGUGAACCAGCUCGGCGGGGUGUUUGUGAACGGCAGACCCCUCCCGGACGUGGUGAGGCAGCGGAUCGUGGAGCUGGCCCACCAGGGCGUCCGGCCCUGCGACAUCUCCAGACAGCUACGGGUCAGUCACGGCUGUGUCAGCAAAAUCCUCGGCAGCUAUCAGAAGGCAUUUCAGAGGUACUAUGAAACCGGCAGUAUUAAACCCGGAGUCAUUGGUGGCUCCAAACCAAAGGUUGCAACUCCGAAAGUGGUGGAUAAAAUUGCAGAGUAUAAGCGGCAGAAUCCAACCAUGUUCGCCUGGGAGAUAAGGGACCGGCUACUGGCUGAAGGCGUCUGCGACAACGACACAGUUCCCAGCGUUUCAUCCAUCAACAGGAUUAUCCGCACCAAAGUCCAGCAGCAAUUCCACCCGUCCCCCGACGGAUCUGUUACGCCACUCUCCACGCCCGGCCAUACCAUAGUACCCAGCACAGCCUCCCCUCCUGUGACCAGUGCCUCCAACGAUCCCGUAGGAUCCUACUCCAUCAACGGCAUCCUGGGCAUCCCCCGCUCCAACGGCGAGAAGAGGAAACGAGAUGAGGUUCUCUGGAGUGGCAACCACUUGGAUGGAAGGAAAAUAGGACAUUACGGCUCUGAUGGCUCAGGCCCGGGCAGCGACUCUCAGGGCAGUGUGGAAAGUUUAAGGAAGCACCUGCGAGCGGACGCCUUCACCCAGCAGCAGCUGGAGGCCCUGGACCGAGUGUUUGAGAGGCCUUCUUACCCCGAUGUCUUCCCCACUUCAGAACACGUUAAACCUGAACAGGCGAAUGAGUACUCUCUCCCCUCCCUGAAUCCUGGCCUGGAAGAUGUGAAGCCGAGCCUUUCCAGCAGCGCCAGCUCCGACCUCGCCUCCAGCGUGUCCCAGAGCUACUCUGUUGUGACAGACUCUCACCCGUCAUAUCCACCUUCCAUGUGUGUAAAGCGGGAGCCCCAUGAGGCAUCCUUUGCCCCCUUCACCCCCUCCUCUGUUGGGGAUUCUGCUCUAGCUGACAUCUUGCCCCAGCAGCCCAGCCUCUCUGUAGAUGCCUCUACUCCCAGCUACCUUGCCCAUGCCCACGGCCCCUGCUACAGCCAGUAUGCCAGCCAGCCUUUUAUAGCAGGUCGAGACAUGGCCAGUACCACCCUACCUGGCUACCCGCCUCAUGUCCCUCCCACAGGACAAGGCAGCUACCCCACUUCCACACUCGCUGGAAUGGUUCCUGGAGGGGACUUUUCUGGAAACCCUUACUCUCAUCCACAGUACACGACUUACAACGAAGCAUGGCGGUUCAGCAAUCCAGCGUUACUAAGUUCCCCUUAUUAUUAUAGUGCCGCAUCCCGUGGCUCCGCACCUCCCACUGCUGCCACUGCCUACGACCGCCACUAGUUACCCCGGAGACCAGCUCAAACUGCAGGGCCAGAGCUUCGGCCUCCAUAUUGUCCCUGUCUGAGAAACACUGAGGUCAAAGGGAAGCGAGGUGGCAUCCUAAAUGAAACCCCGUCGACGUACGUGUUGUGGAGGAAGGAAGGAUGGAAGGAAGGAGGGAAGGAAGGAAGGAAGGAAGGAAGGAAAGAAGGAUGAGGUCCACACUGUUGCACCCAGCCUGAGCGUAACACACUUUGGGUGAAAAAGGGCCCCCACAUGGGCGUUUGGAACUCACCUGUCAUGCCCUCACUCGCUCACUGGCCUGAACAUUUCCAGAAUGACUUUAAGAGAUUAUAUAAAUAUAUAUAUUAUAAAAUAUAAAUUGAAGAAAAACUGUGUGAAGAAUAACAUGUGGAAAAAUGUUGUGGGUUUUUAAUUUUCUUUGUUGCUGUUGUUGUUGUUGUUAUUUUAUUCAUGGAUCCUCACAUUCCUUUAUGUAAUGAACUGCAGUAUUUUUCUGCUCUGAAGAGAGAAGUCCAGGGUAGACGACAAUGGUCCCAUAGCUUGAUAAUGUAGCGACUCGAACCAGCGUUGCAGGGCGCCUCCGACACUUAAUGAGAUCCUGGCUCCACACUGUAGAACGGGCUUUACUCUGGUGCUUUGACUACGUCUUCUGCUCCCAUCUUUCUCAGUCCCUCCUAAAUUAUUAGACAAACGCAGCAUGCCCUCCGAUGACCCUAUAAACCAAUGGCAGCAUCACCUUCCCGGUGGCAAACAAUCAAAACUAUGUAAAAAAAAUGUAAAUCAUUUUGCAAAAUAUCAAAAAUAUGGCGACCGUCCAACUCAAAAGGGUCUUGCCACAAUUUUAAAUACUUAUUUAUUCCUUUUCUGUCACAUUUUUUUUUUGUUCUUUUAUGUAAACGAAUUAUCAAAGAUAGUGGUCACAUUUCCCCUCCGGUCAUAUAACCUCAGCCUUUUUUGGAUGUUUAUUUUAUUUGAUUUGGUGCAUUCACUUAAAUUGAAGUUUAUUUAACAAGUUAAAAACUUACCAGAUGAGUUUCUGUUUUUCAAAUAAAAGGGAUAACAUCGUGACCCGCGAACGAAUCCUUUCAGUUCAAAUAUACUUCAUUCAGCUUCUUAGUCCUACCACUAGAUGCCUACGCAGUUUAGAAAGCUGUAUGCAGUUGUGCAAAUCGACUGCAGAUCAGCUUCAACAAUUGCCUUACAAACCAGUUUCAUUCAACCUAAAUUCACGUUCUGUUUGACAAAGUUAAUUGCCUUUAAAAACACAUAUGCGUCAUCCUCCACAUGGGCUGAAAGGAAGUACCGAUUCAUUUUGCGUUCGGAAACUAUUUUGUGAAUGUACUCUUAACUACAUUUGCCAAAGACUUAGUUUGAUAUUUAAUAUUUUAUUUACAGUAUAUGUAUGCAUACUUAAAGCAGUAUUAUCUUUUAAACACGUAUGUCAUGACUUUCAGCGGACAUGAUGCGUAUGACUGUAACAAGAAAAAAAAAAGGUGAAAUUCAGUGACUCAAUAUUCCAACAAAACGCUGCUUUAUAGAAUGAUUUGUGAAUAAUGUGAAGACAAUUCUUCUCUGUAAAUAUAAUGUCUCACACACACCAUUGCAGUAUCAUACUAGCUCCCUUUGUAGAUAUACAGACUGAAAAAAAAAAAACAUGCAUUACAUUUGUGUCUUAAUGUAAUGUUGUGCUCCGAGGAAAGGCACAACUCCUCUAUAACCUAUGGCUACGUCUAUGGCAGGUUUGCUAACUUCACAUAGGUUGUCUUUGUCAUUUUGUUUUACUUUCAUGAUAUUGUCAUGAUGAUGUUUUAUGUCACUAUGCAAUGAGUUUAAUGGCUUUCUGUAUCAUCUUCUGUUGUUGGGCUCAGAAUAAGUAAUCCCCAUGGAGAACAGCAUAAAAGUAAAGAAAAAAAAAUAAGACCUCCAGUGUGAAAUGGAUACUCUCUGGUUUCACUCUUGCUCCACGAAAUCCCUCGAAAUGAAGAUCAAACUGAAGUCCUUGGCAACAAUCAAAGAUAUUGUCCUGUUCGCUGUCUGUAGAUGUUGUGAUCAUUAUGUUAAUCCAAAUACAGUGAUUUCCACGUGUAGCAACGCAUCCACACUUAUUCCCUGCCGCUCAUCUCCGCUCCCUCCCUCCACUCGCCACCAGAACUUACAGCUUAACAUAUCCAAGAUGAAGUUUUCUUUAAAUGCACACAAGCUAAUGCAUCAGCUGGAACCAGGGUUACCUGUCAUUGCUGAGGGCACCAGAUAACAGAGAGACGGACCGUGGCCCUGCUCUUCAGGAGAAGCUAUCCUCUACAAAUUGCACUUGGGAUUUGCCUAUUUCUGUCUACUUGCAGCUCGACAUAUCUGAAAACGAAACACUGGCGCAGAGUGCAAGCCACCGUCAUUCAGGCAAAGUCUUUGCUUUAGGAAGUGGAGCACCUCUGCAGGAAUGGGUCUUCUGCUGUUGUAAAGAUGAUACAGGAGAUGUGUCGUGGACAUAAAAAAAGGAUUUCUGACGAAAAUCUAUAUGGAAAGCCUUGUGGCCUCAAUCAUUGUUCUGUUUCAGUUCUGUUCCAAUUCUUUUUUGUGCACAUGAGAAAUAAAUUCUUUUAUAUGUC